AUGUCGACUGAAAUUAAAACAGAAACUGUUGACUCUGUGAAAGUAGAGCCAGGUAGUUUUCCCCAGACUACAUGUAUGUCAAAAACUCCACAAAAUCCUCAAACUAUAUCAACAUCUAGAAAAUUACAGCCUACAUGUACAUCACCUGUACUCUUUGAAGAUGGUCAGACAGAUGAACCAGCUCCUGACAGUGUAGAUAAAACAAAUAACCUUGCUGAUUUAGAUAAAGAACAGAGCAUGAAAAAGAAACCGAUUUUCAAGAAAAGGAAUUCACUUUCUACAAAAACGCUUAAAUCUGAGAUUGAGGACUGUAAGAGAACAUCAAAAGAUGGAGAUAUUAAUAUCGAUGAAGUAAAUAAUGAUAAAGAUAAUGCUGAUGAUUUUAAAGAAGAGAGUAAAGGAGGAAGAAGGACUAAGCCUACAACAAGAGGAAAGGUAGAUAUGUCAGUGGUAGAUAAAGUUCAACAGGGUAGAAAGAAGUCAGAUGAUGUUCUACAAGCAGCAAAAGAUAAGAAGAAUGUUGGGGAGGAGUUAUUAGAUGUGGAAUCGGCUUCAGGUAAUGAUGUGAAUUCGGACGAGGAGUUUCUCAAUACACGACGACGUGGUGGAAGGAAACGUAAAUCAACAAGUAAAUUUCAAGAGUGGUCAAAGCGGUCCAGAAAAGGUGUCAUAUACGAUGAUAAUGAAAACACUGAUGAAAAAGAAAAUAAGGCCAAAAACCAGUGUUUAUCAUGUAUAAAAUGUGGUAAUAAGUUGUUACCACUAGGCCAGUAUGAGAAGCAGAAAAAACAUCCAGAAUUCUUGACCUGUGUUUUCAAGAAGAACACAGAGUUGAUAUAUUUUCCCAACAUGAAGACCAAGGAUUGCCAAUUACAAACAGUUGAAUCUGAAACAAAUAACAAAGGUUUAUUGUUGAACAGUGUAUAUGACGAGACAUUAGGAUGUUGUAUACAGUAUUUACAAUGUAUACAAUGUAAGAAUGAUACAGUGAUUGGAGCUAGAGUUCUGCUGGCAGAUUCUACCUCACUGUAUACAGCUGGACAGACUUGGAUCCUGUCAUCAGCUGCUAAGUUAUGAUGUAGAUAUUUCACUUCCAAGUUAAUCUUGUCAUUUUGACAGACUGGUGCUGCUAUUUUCAGACAUAAAAGGACUGUGAAAAUAGGGAAGACUGACAAUUGAUCUGCCUUCAAUCUUUUAUCUUGCCAGAAGAGUGUCUAGUCACGCUAAAUGGAGGUUUUUUUGUGUGUGAAAGAAAUAUUUCAAACCUUUAACCAGCGGGAAGUGAAUGUUAUUUAAGCCUUUGCCACCAGAUAUCGAGCAAAGUAAGCCUGCAAUUCUGUACAGUCUGACCAGCCUCUACACUGUUGAUAUCUUAACUUUUUUGUAUCUUGAUAUUGAAAUCCCUUAAACUUUGAAUAGACUGUUUCAAAUUUGCAGUAGAGCAAAUACAUUACAAAAAUUCAAGAGGUUAAGGUUUAUCA